UCUGCACCAUGAGCCAUAAUAGUUGUACUGAAGUUCUAAGCAAUUUUUCUUGUGUUUAUACAGUUGAUUUAGUGCCUGACUGUGGACUGUUUGUUUUGAGAUAGGUGACAUGUCAGCAGCAGUGCCAAAUGUUACAUUGAAAAUUGAUCUUCAGGAUCUUCAGAUCCAGACAUUUACAGUGGAGAAGCUGUUGGAACCAUUGAUAAUUCAGGUUACCACAUUAGUGAAUUGUCCACAAACUCCUUCUAAUAAGAAAAAAGGAUGUUCCAAAAGAGCCCGUGUCCUCUUAGCUUCUGUGGAAAAAGCUACUUGGAAUCUAUUGGACAAAGGAGAGAAAAUUGCUAAGGAAGCCAUUGUAUUUAAGGAGGAACUUAAUGCAGCACUUAAUGAUGUUCGUAAAGAAAGUGAAGCUUUAAGUGCAUCAGCAAGGGAAUUUACCAAUGAUCCCUGUUAUCUGCCUAAAAGGAAAGCUGUUGUUCAAGCAGCACGAUUCCUUCUGGCUGCUGUCACUAGGCUUCUGAUUCUGGCAGACAUGAUUGAUGUGGUAUACCUAUUGCAACAUUUAACAGUGUUUCAAAGAACAUAUGAGUCUCUACGAAACGUGUCUAGUACAUCUGAACUACAGAAAACCUACCAGAAGCUUGGGAAAGAUCUGGAAAAUCUAGAUUAUUUGGCCUACAGACGUCAACAGGAUUUGAAAUCUAGCAAUCAACGAGAUGAAAUUGCAGCAGCACGUGCUUCUCUGAAGGAAAAUUCGUCUCUUCUACAUUCAAUUUGUUCAGCUUGUUUGGAACAUUCAGAUGUUGCAUCCCUUAUAGCCAGCAAGGACUCAAUUUGCAAUGAAAUACAGAGCGCUCUCAAUGUCAUUUCUAAUGCUUCUCAAGGAAUUAGAAAUCAAAAGGUUCAUCCUACAUCUCAUUCAGCUAUGCUAGGAAGUGCACUUGAUGAGCUUGAGAGUUUAAUCAUAUUGGAUCCACUUACAAUGAAUGAAGAAAAAAUAAGGCCAUCACUAGAGAAAUGUUUGGAAGGGAUUAUCAGUGGGGCAGCACUGUUAGCUGACUCUUCCUGCACGCGUGACUUUCAUCGAGAACAAAUAAUCGCAGAGUGCAACGCCAUCCGCCAAGCUCUCCAAGAUCUUCUGUCUGAAUACAUGAAUAAUGCUGACAAGAAAGAAAAGAGUAAUGCCCUGAAUAUUGCAAUAGAUAAUAUGUGCAAGAAGACAAGAAACCUUCGCAGACAGCUUCGGAAAGCUAUUAUAGAUCAUGUCUCAGACUCCUUCUUGGAUACCACUAUUCCACUUCUAGUUCUCAUUGAGGCUGCUAAAAAUGGAAGAGAAAAGGAAAUAAAGGAAUAUACUGUGAUAUUUCAAGAACACACCAGCAGGCUUGUGGAGGUGGCUAAUCUUGCUUGUUCACUGUCAACUAAUGAAGAUGGAAUUAAAAUUGUCCAAAUGGCAGCUAAUCGCAUAGAGACUUUGUGCCCACAGGUUAUUAAUGCAGCUUUAGCUCUUGCUGCCAGACCAAAAAGCCAGGUGGUAAAAAACAGCAUGGAAAUAUAUAAGAGCACAUGGGAGAAUCACAUACAUGUUCUUACUGAAGCUGUGGAUGACAUUACAAGCAUUGACGAUUUUCUUGCUGUAUCAGAAGGCCACAUUCUGGAGGAUGUAAACAAGUGCAUCCUUGCACUGAGAGAACAGGAUGCUGAUGAUUUAGAUCGUGCUGCUGGUGCCAUCCGAGGGCGUGCUGCAAGGGUGGCUCAUAUUGUCUCUGGUGAAAUGGAUAGUUAUGAGCCUGGGGUUUACACUGGAGGAGUGAUGAAAAAAGUUCAUUACUUGACAAAUACUGUGAUUCCAGAGUUUGUUACUCAAGUCAAUAUUGCACUGGAGGGCUUAAGCAGGAACACAAUGCAUCAGUUUGAUGACAAUCAGUUUGUGGACAUCUCAAAGAAGGUCUAUGAUACAAUUCAUGACAUCAGAUGUUCAGUCAUGAUGAUUCGGAGCCCCGAGGAAUUGGAAGAUAUAUCGGACCUUGAAGAAGACUAUGAUGCACACAGUCGUAUCAGUGUUCAAACUGAAGGGAAAACUGACAGGGCUAAGAUGACUCAACUGCCAGAGGCUGAAAAAGAAAAGAUAGCUGAGCAAGUGGCUGACUUCAAGAAAGUCAAAAGUAAGCUUGAUGCAGAGAUUGAAAUAUGGGAUGAUACCAGCAAUGACAUCAUUGUUUUGGCUAAGAGGAUGUGUGUGAUUAUGAUGGAGAUGACAGACUUCACAAGGGGUAGAGGCCCACUGAAGAAUACAUCUGAUGUGAUUAACGCGGCAAAGAUGAUUUCAGAGUCUGGAUCCAGGAUGGAUGUGCUGGCACGACAGAUUGCCAACCAGUGUCCAGAUCAAUCAUGUAAACAUGAUGUAUUGGCUUACCUGGAACAGAUCAAGCUCUAUUGUCACCAGCUUAAAAUCUGCAGUCAAGUUAAAGCAGAAAUCCAGAAUCUCAGUGGAGAGCUCAUCAUGUCUGCUUUGGAUAGUGUCACUUCACUAAUUCAGGCUGCCAAAAACUUAAUGAAUGCUGUGGUGCAGACAGUGAAGAUGUCCUACAUUGCCUCCACUAAGAUCAUCAGAAUUCAAAGUCCUACUGGCCCACGACAUGCUGUUGUGAUGUGGAGGAUGAAAGCUCCAGAAAAGAAGCCCCUGAUUAAAAGAGAGAAGCCAGAGGAAAUCUAUGCAGCUGUCAGAAAAGGUUCUGCUAAGAAAAGGAUCCAUCCUGUUCAAGCUAUGAGUGAAUUUAGAGGGAGAGAUAUAAUCUAAAAUUACUAUUCUGUGCACAUUUCAUACCUUGCAACUGCUCAUAUGGCAUCUUUAUUUUUCCACCUGUUUAAUUCUAUAAGUAUGCUAAUGUUUGGAAAUUCUCUUCUUUUUUAUGUUUAACAUUAACUGUAAGGUAUUUCAUCUUUAAAAAAAGAUAUUUAAAAUGCAGAUUUGAUUAGUUAAUGGUACACAAUUUAAAAUAAUCUUUUAAAAAUCAUCUUAUUUUAUUGCUCACUCUCCUUACAAUGCCUUUUUUUUUCCUUCUUUUAUUUUUGCAGCUCAGCAUUUUGAAUGAUAGGUUAGGAUGCUGUGUUAUAAUGAGAGUUAGCUUUCAUGUAAUUGAAAGGCAAGGAACAAGGAGUCAAAUUCAUCCCUGGCGUAACUCUUGACUUCAGUGGGGUUACACCAGAGAUGAAUGUGGCCUGACAGUUUUAUAUUCAGAGUGCUUUAAGACAUACAGGCUUCUGUGGGUAGUGUAUAUUGGGCCACCUCCUUGGCUGGCAUAAAUCAAAGGAAAUGUUCUGAGUUACACCACAUAGGGAUCUAGCCCAUUCACUUAUCUAAAUUGAAAGACAUUUUAAAAAGAUUUUUUUUCAUAAACGUUAGAUAUAAACAGAAAUGGAAUAAAAGUUUUAAAAUAUUUGGCAGAACAAAAGGUGGAUUGUAACAACGUAAUGAUAAAAUAGAGCUGGUUGUAAUGAAACUGUAGCAAGAGUAAUAACUCAAAGUUUCAAAGAUCUCUUUCAGUUUUAAAUAUUAAUCCACAUUCUGCUUCCUGGCCUGCUCUAUGAUUGUUACUCAUCUUCAUAAAUCCUAAUAAAUCUGGUAAUAACUAAAUUAUUUUAGAAUAUUUUGUUAAAAGAUAGAGGAAAAGAAAGAAAUCAUGUUAAAUCAUGGAGAAACAUAUGACUAGUCCUGACGUCAAAGAGAGGUGCAAACGUUCAGGAAGUACCCUAUAAAUAUCAGUCUUUUCAAGAUAACUGCAGUGGAUUAAACUACUUGACCAUGGCACCACAGUCCCAAACAACACAACUGUCUAGCUGGUAGCCAGCUUGUUAAAUUACUAUUACAGCAUAUUUCAAAGUAUGUCAUGAAGCUAAUAGUUACUUAGGCGCUUAAAUACCUUUGAAAAUCUGGGCUUCAUUCCCAUGGAUCUAGGGAGGUAGCUAAAUGUCUUUGAGAAUCUGGGCCUCAUUCCCAUGGAUCUAGGGAGGUAGCUAAAUGUCUUUGAGAAUCUGGGCCUCAUUCCCAUGGAUCCAGGGAGGUAGCUAAAUGUCUUUGGGAAUCUGGGCCUCGUUCCCAUGGAUCUAGGGAGGUAGCUAAAUGUCUUUGGGAAUCUGGGCCCGUGUGGCUACAGAGAUGAGAUGAAAGAGGUAAGGGGCAGCUGGAACCAGCUUGCCUCAUCACCCCCACAAAGCGUUUAAUGAUGAAAAGAGCAGCCCAUAGAACUUAGCAGGGCGAAUGGGCACCUGUCAUUCCUCGUAGUUCUAGGGAGAACGGGCUCAGCUGUAUAGGACAUUCUCGGAGUUUUGCAUUUUGGAACUCAAAGCUCCAACUGGUAUUUCAGGUUUUCUUCCAGUCCCUGAGAGCAGAACUGUAAAAGGUUAAGUUUGUGCAUCUACCACCAGGGGUCACAUGGACAUAUGUAUUGUCUUGUCAAUAAAGUCAGGCAUUUGUUAUGGGUCACUUUGGUAUCAGAUGUUUGUGAUUAAUGCAUUAAUCAUGACUUCAGGGAUCAUAUUAAUAGAAAGCAUGUGGCACACCCCUAAGAGCAUUACUCUGAUUUUGUGUGUCCUGAUUAAAGUCUCCAGUACUAGUCACAUGUGGAAUAGAUGUUGAGUCACUUUAUACACAGUAUGCUCACAACUACACACCACACUGAAAUUAAAAACAUGGCCUGAGACAGUUGCAUGAAAGCGAGUUUACAAAAAGAGUUCUAAUGGGAAACCUGGCACCUUAACUUCAGAUUAAAAACACUCUUAUUGUUAGCGAAAACAGAUGUUGAAACCUUAGGGCCAGAUUGUACCUACAAUCCCAUCUCAUGUUGGAGGCUCUAGGAGAAGCUCUGAAAGGCAGUGUGUCUCAAAAGCCUUAUGGCAGGACAGCCACACUACCACCCUUUAGGAGAGUGCACUGUGCUGUUUUCCACAGAACUAUUGCGUCUCCUCCCUCUACCCAUUUGAGGUAACUAGAGCCUACAGAAACACUAGCAGGGAUCAGUUCUUGUACUUGAAAUGAUGGAUGAUACCACUAGGGUGUGGAAAGGGAGACAAAAAUCUCCUCAUGUCCUCCUAAUUUGCAUACCUGCAUUGUAGCCAUUCACCAUCUGGCCCUUUCUAUGCUCUUGCAACCCUACCAAUCCUAGUAUGUUUAAAGAAAAGGAGUUUUAAAAAAAGAGUAUGUUUUCACUGCUUAUUUUCCUCCACCAUAGUGUAAGUCCAUGUUUGCUGGUAUGCUUUACUUUUGAAAUAGACAGGCAGAGUGCCCACACAUGCUUAAUAAGAAGGGCAUCAUGGAUCAAAGAUUGGCAGGUGUAUUUAUAGACUGCAAGUACCAAAAAGAGAUGGGUUUUUAUCAAU